AUUUCAGUUAAAAUCAAAUUCCGAGAGCAAGAAUAUACUUGUCAACUCGUAUAGUAUUUUUAUACCAAUAAUGCUCUGUUCGUCGAGAACUUUCAGUAUUGAUAUUGACUGUACUGCCGCAGAUUUUGAAUUUCAAAUCAUACUCACAUCACGUCAAGAAAUUGAAAUAUUUCGUCAUCUCUCACUAGCUAUUGAUUUGAUAGAGGCUUGAACGCAGUGCUAAGUCUAAAAAUCAGCAUAAAAGUGACGCAACCAAUGAGAGCUCUUAUGAAACUAUUACCAAGUCGCUAAAAAUGACAGCUCAUUUUUUUUAUGUCGUAAAAUGUGGAUAUUAUUUGAGUAUAUUUUAAUUACCUUCAAUUCUCUUUUGGCACUAGCGGGACCGAAUUUUGCAAAAAAAAUUUGAAAACACCUGUGCUUAUGAUUUAUUUCAACAAUUUUGCACGUACAUAGAGAAAUAUUUGGAAUGAUUUGAUUGUGACAGCAAUUGUGAAUAGCGUGGUAGACGCAAUGAAGCACUUAGAAAGAAGCAAGACAUCUCCAAAGACCCAACAAUCUUAUUUAUUUCUAAGUACAGCCGGUGAUAGUAAAGGUUCACCAAUACAUAGCAAAUCACGUUGCUUGGAAAAAGAACUGGGAGCACGGCUCGCACACUCUGUUCCACCGAUACAACGGAUCAAGAUAUUGCCAUAUCGCAUAUAAAGAUCCAUUACAUUGACCAGGAGUGCGUUACAUUUGAUAUCAACAUAGACUACAAAAGCUGCGAAGAGGUUCCUUUUACUACUAUGAACAAUAAUGAAAAAAACUCGCAUACUAAUAACGAUACAACGAAUGCUAGAGCUUGCAGCAUUGCUAUACCUAAAGAAAAAUCAAUUCGCCAUUCUUUACGCCUCCAAAAAAAUCCACAUUUUUUAAUUACUGCUAAGGGGUCGCAACUGGGUUAUAGAACACAUGAUAAAACUAAUACCGACGUGUCAACUGCAAUAACAACACCUUUACCUGAAAAUUUGAUAGAAAAAUCUCCUCAUGUUAACGAAAAUCUGAUAAAGGAUCAAACCUACAAACAUUGGCCAGAGCAGUUCAACAAAGUCGUGCCUAGAUCUGUUGAAAAACCAAGAGGUAGAGUUUGUGAUAAGCAGGAGGGAAAAAAUUCCAAGAUAUUAAUUUCAAACGACAAAUCAGAGGUGAUAACUACAUGCAAAAGACAAUCCAGAUCAACAGGUAAUAGAGAAAUUCUCAAAAAUAAAUCAAAUGAUUGUCAAAAAACUUCAUGCAGAAUAAGCGGAGAAACGAAGCCACCUAAAGUAAAGGAAGUGUCUUGUAAUACUGUUCUGUCCUCAGUUCCGCGUAUCAUUCCACAGCAAGCACUUAGACACAAGGGUCAAAAGGGAAAAGAGGAAAUAUUAGCUCAUUGCACUGAGAAAGUUGUGAAAAAAGUUAAAAAGAAGCAAGAUGUGCAUUUCUCGAAAAAAACUUCAGCAAAAGCCGACAUGCAGGAAAAGAUCGAAUUAGAUAAACAACGAAUUAAGAAAAAUAUAGAAAAUUUAAAAAAGAGUUACGAGGCUAAGAAAAAAUAUCGUCAAAAAAUUGUUGAAAUCAAAAAUUUACAAACAAAUAAUGCUCGUGACAACAAUGACUGUAUCAAUGCAAAGAAUGAGAACAAUGGAGCAGCUCGAACAAGAAUUUUCAAUCUUAAGAAGUCUAUACAAAUGGAUAAAAACUUUUCCACUUCCAAGAUUGAAUCUAAUGAUGUUAAUUCUGCACCUGAAACACAGCACAAGAAUGAGCCAAAAAGUAAAGCAAGUGACCCGACCAACUUGAAUUGUACAAAAUGUUGUAUUGAUUCCACUCGUAAUACUAUCCAGUCGAGCAAGGAUGUAAAAAUAUGUUGCGAGAAAGAUGUCUCAAAAACAGCAGAGAUUGAAUCGAUAGCGAAUUUGCUAGAACCAUCGAACUGUGAUUGUAACAGACUGAAACAAUUGUUAGUUGCCAACAAAUUUUCGUCUAUUUCUGAAGAUAAAAUCAUGUAUAACGCCAAUUCAAUAAAUUAUGGAUGCUAUUCUGAUCAACCAUAUCGUAAAGGACCCAAUAAACAACAAGAUUACAGAAACUAUGCUACUAAUGCAGAUAUAAAAUUGACCAAACUAGGAAAAGAUAAAAGCACUGUCAACGAUGAUGCAAAAUAUAAUCUUACGAAAACCUUGAUACAUCCAGCAUCUGAAAUUGAUGGUUCUCAAGGAUUGAAUAAUAAUACUAUCAAAUUUUCACUCUACAAACAUCAAUCGAAAGAUGGUCUAGCUAAUUGUAAGGAUGAAAAAACUCAAGACGUUUACAAAAACUCCGGAAGCAGCAACAGCACGGUGAAUGUUGAAACAGCAAGCUUAUCAAAUAUUGUAACGCAGUUACCAGAUAACAUGAGUAAAAUGGAGAGCUAUGAGACUUUGAAUGCUGCUAAAAUCACAGCAUAUUUGAAACACCCAUCGUCAAGUAACACCUCAGACAAAAUAAUAUCGAAUUUGAAAACGAAUGGUUAUAAAUAUUCGAAAAAGUACAGAUGUUUCAAUCAUAAAGAGAAAAAUAUGUGCUGCAAUAUGGCACGUUACAUUGAAAGAAUGGUAUCGAAUGAGAAAAAGUAUCAGAAACAUGAAAAGAAAAUUGAUCCAGAGCGAGAAAACGUCAAAAUAAUCAUCGAUGAAAACAGCCCGAAAACCAGCCGAAUAAGAAUAGUUAACGAUAGAUCCAGUGUCAGUGUUGUUUGUCAUGGUUCGGAGAAAACAACAUCUCCAAGUAGAAGAAGUAACAAUACGGCAGCGAAAAAUACUGAAUCCAGCGGAGGAGAAAGCAGCGGCUAUAAAUCAUAUCACAACGAUUUGCACAAGAGACAUUUUGAUCACUCCGAUCAAGCCAAAAUCAACUCGACUGAGCAUCAACAAAUUGAACAUGUUACAGAAAGAAAAUUUCACAAUACGCAAACUAUUCUGUACCACAAUAUUAAUGAUGAUAGGUUUGAAAGUAUCUCCAACCCCUUGGAUGAUCCUGUCAAUACACAAUUCGUUGGAAUUAGAGAAAAUAUUAAAAGCCACCCGAAUUUAUGUGAAGAAAAACUCAAGAAGUGGGAUACCGAAACAAAAUACACUCUGUACGAUGCAAAUAAAUAUUUGUCUGCAUUUACCAAUAGUCUGGACAUGUAUUUACCAUGUGAAAUUACUGCUUAUCAGAUGAAAGAAGUAAAUAGAAGUAAGGUUUUCCAAUUUAAUAAUCCAGAGCUUGAGGAGAAGGAUGUAGAUAAUGCUGAGAUGCGAAUUGGGAAAUAUUUAAUAGAGAAUAGUUCGGAUUCGAGAGAUGAGUUAUCAGAGGAAGAAGAAUCUAGUGAGCAAUUAAAUUCUGCGAGAGAUGCUAAAAUUGACCAGGAUAAAGUUAUAGUGCUGAAAAAGCCAAAUAAUGCAGUGCAGAGAAGUCUAGAAUAUGUUGUCAGUAAACGUUUCCUGGAUUUAAACAAUGCAGAAGGACAAGACAGUUUUAUAGAUAUACCUACAGUACCGGCUCAGCAUAAAAUCAUUACGUCACUACAAGAUGUGAAGCAUGAAGAGAUUAGAGAAACCUUUGAAACAUCGAGGAGCACAACAGAUCUAACAUCUGCCCUAGCGCACAACAAGGCUGCUGAACGAGUGAAAUCGAGCAUCAGUGAUAUUGAAACAGGCUCUGGCAAUCCAAAAUUGUAUCUAGUGGAUAAAAAAAUCGUUAUGGAAACGGACCCAGGACAUAAGAGAAUUAAAUGUAACAAACGACUGAAAAUCAAAAAUGAAAACUUUUAUGAUUCAAACAAAGUAUAUGAGUUGUGGGCAAAUAAUAAAUCGACUGCUAAUAGCACUGAUAAUGAAUCUCAGACAACCAGAAGGUUCAUUUGUGCACCAAAUGACUCGAAGAGAUGCCGUACAAACAAGUUUAAAUUCAAUAUAUUCAAAAAGAUCAAAUCUUGUAAGAGUGAAAAAACUACCCAUAUUCCUCUUGACCAGCUACCUAAACCACCCUCUUCGUUUUUGGAAAGCUCUGCGCCCUCGCAGUCUACAAUGUUGUCGUCAACAGCUGACACUAAUUAUUGGGAGUCAGAUACUGUUUUGAAUCUUCACAAAGGUGCUACUUUGCUGCUUCAUACAAAUCCUGCUACAAAAACUUACACCGAUCCUACCCACACAAAUCAUUCCAAAAGAAAUCACGUAACCGCUAGUCCUGAGGAAAAUCAUGAUCAUUUACAUCUUCAAUCGAACAAUCGUGCUCCAACUUCACAUAAAGAUACCGAGACUUAUCUGCAGUCAUCACCUGCACAUCCAAUAAAUGAAAAACAGCUUACUGCACCUCAUGCUCUGCAUACAGCUGCAGCCCCGCCUCCUUCAGCUCUACCGCCACCUUAUCCCUUCUGUUGUCCAUUUGUUCCAUACAUGAUGCAGUACUGGCAAAAUUAUCAACAACCACCACCGGCUUCAAAGCUUCCACUACCUGACGGAGAUUGGCAACCGACUGUCAGAAAGAAUGGCAAUGAGCCACCACCUCCAGAUAUGGUUCCCAUUCCAUGGUUCCCACCAAUGUCAAAUGUACAUGAUCACCCACCACGUGCUGAAAUGAAUUUUACAACGUCAAAUAACAUACACGCUCAACCACCACCCGAGUGGCUAAUGAUGCCUAGAGGGUACGCACCCUGUUUUCCAUGCAGUAAUACUACUGAGUCUUAUUUGAGGAAAACUGAUUCCUCAGUUUGUGAGGAUGAUGAACCUCCUGUUGAAAUUAGCGAGAAUAAACAGGAUGAAAAAAAGAAAACAGUAUCUAGUAAAUUGUUCAAAAUAUUUCGAAGAAAAAAUCGUGCUGAAAUGGACACAUUGGAUGAUGAUGGCAAAAAAGGCAAAUAUCAUCGAUCUGGCUCGGAAGCUAAACUGGUUCGUAAAGUACAAGUGGUGGAAAAUGAAGAGAACAACACUAAUGGUCAGAGCAUUUGGGAAUCUCCGGAUAUUGCUGGAAUCGUAACUCCAGAAGAAAUUGGACGAUGCUUUCGCAGAGGUUUUCGAGCAGAUGGAUUAACCCUGGCCGGGGACGAGUACGUGUGUACAAGAGCACCAAGUGACACAACUUCGGAACAGGAAGAGAUAUUCAAUUUCUCUGACCAUGAUACGCCACUUGAUUUUCUAUUAGCUCUUGGAUUUAGCGUUGAUGAAGCUACUGCUGCAAUUAGGGAUGACGAAGUACGAAAUCGAUUUAAAGCAGCCCUUACGGAGGCACGCAUUUGGGUCCCACAUAUUGCAACAACUCAAGGCACGCUGCUCUAUCUACUUGCAAUGAAAGCGAAGCCGAAAGUGAUGCGAUAUUUCCUGCAACUGGUGGAGUCGAUUGUCAAUAAAAGGAUAACUAACGCCGUCAAACUGGAUGCCUACCUGAAAAUUUUGGAAAAGGUUGAAGAGGGAUACGUGUCUUUUGUCACCCUAUUUGGAAAAGAUAAAGGCAAUGAAGAUGAUGAGGAUACUGCAAUGAUGGAAAAACAGCGCCGUCGUAUAUUCUACACCAUUUAUAAAUAUGCUGAAGCAGAGGCAGAAGAAGUGGGCAAACCAAUGACGAACGCUACUGUGGAUCUUUUGCAAUCUUUAGCGACACGUUAUCGAUCAGCUAUUGGGCCACAUCUGCAACUCCUAGCUUGUUACAUAGGCGAAGGACUAUUGACGAAAGAUGUUCAGUUGGAAGCUGCUCUGAUAUAUUUAUCACGAUUAGAUUCUACCGACGUUCGACUAACGGAUUUAGAAAAAUACUGUGGCAUGCCAGUUUCAGAACGUCGCAGGCUAGAACAAGGUGUAAAAAUGCUGUCUUAGCUAGAUACUUUAUGUGAACAUAUUUGUUUUCAUUCAUUUUUGAAGACAACGCGGAAACGUGCAAAGUAACGUCAAAAGUUUACACAUCUUAACAAUUAAUAUCAAAUCAUAUAAAUUAUACCAAACAAUGUAGUAGUUGCUUGCGAUUAAAGUGAAUACUU